AUGCAGUCACUUUCUUCAUCACAAAAUCUGCAGAUGGGCCUUGCUCUGAGGCAACAGCUAAAAGAGGUGUACAGAGCCCGUCUCAGGAAAGAAAAUCAUCACGCCGUCGCUGGUGCCACGUCACAGGCCGUCGCUCCAGCUUCAGACAACUACGGACGCCUUUUCGGGCCUUCAGAGCCCGUGAUUGCUGCCAGGGUAGUCGAAGAAGCCAAACACUGGUUACAAUCCCCCAAACGUCUGAACAAAUUCUUCGGAGACGAGAAGCUGUUUGCUGCUAAUACACCCGAAAAGGUGCCGAAGAUUUUGGACAAAAUAGAAAGGGAGAAGAAAGUGAGUUGGCUGAAAGAAAGUCGGGAUUACUCGUUUUUAUCAGGGCCCGAGAAUCAUAAUUCCAGGCCGGUUCCUUCGGAGAUCCCGAAAGAGACAAAAAAUUCCGGGCCCGACAAAAAGCGAAUUUCAGCAAAAAGUCCCCUUGGAGAAAUUUCGAGGAAAGAUUGUGAAGUAGUUCUUCCCAGGCCUAAGAUAAAGAAGGAAAUAAUCCGGCGUCCGAAGAUUCAAGCGAGAAAUUGUUCCAAGAAAGAAGAGAGUUGUGAAGAAGCCAUUGGUAUUAUACGGAGGAUGUUCGGUUAUGAUCCGACCAAGUACAAGAAUGAUGACGUGGGCGCUGACAUCAGCAUGGAAGCUAAUUUUCGUGAUAUCGAGAAGGAAGAGAGGAGGAGCGCCAAAAUUGCAAGCAAGGAGGAUGCUGAGGAAUUCAGGAAAUUAAUGGGAAAUUCAAAGAAGAUUAAGCGUAGAUGA